GGUUUGGUAGCCUGUUGUGCUAGCGGAAGUCCCCUCCUGCUCCAGUGAAAAACAGAGUUUUUCUAAAAUGUCCCAAACUUUGUGGAUCAACUGGUGACAGCCAAGAUGAUGAACGACAUCAUGGAGGAGCCGGAGAAGAGCAGCCUGCUGGAGGAGUACCCUGAGCCGCAAGUUCGGACGCUUCAGGGAAGUGCCAGCAGCACCAGAUCUAAGAUCCCGGAUGGAGGCAUCAGACCGCUGGAGAAGAGGGGACCUUACAUUAUGUCAAGAGCCCCGGCGAUCCACCUCAAACUACAGAAACACAGAGAGAUGGCGAGGAAAGCGCUGAAAAAGAAAGCACUUGCUCCAGGACCUCCGGUGAUGCACCAGCCCAGACAUGCAUCCAAGAGAACAGUCAAGUACAACAAGGGUUACACUGCGUUGAGUCAGCACGCUGAGGAGACCUUAGUUGCACUGGACUCCGACAGUGAUGAAGAAAUUGACUUUGAGCAGUGCUCAUCCGGAUACUCAUCGGCUGAGGUUCAUCCUGAUCUGAGCAGGCAGUUGCUUCAGGAUGGCUACCAUCUGGACGAGAUUCCAGAUGAUGAAGACCUGGACCUGAUACCUCCCAAAGCCUUGGGCUCCUCAGUAUGCUGCUGUUGUGACAGUUCAUCGUGCUCCGUAAUGUGAUGCUGGGGAUCAUCUAGGCGUCUGAACGGUUUGGCAGCUUCAGUCCCUUGACUGGAGCAUGGUCUGGCCGCAGAUGUACGGUAACUCAGAAGGUCCUGAGGAACACUUGACCAACAUGAGCGCAGGGAUGGACAACAGAACAAGCCUUAUGCACUGUGAUCCCAAAGCCUGAUGUCUUUAUUUGAAUUAAGAGCAGAUGAAUCCUUAACCUCUGAGAUCUUGGCAUCCUAGCAGGUUCAAAGGUCAGCAUUUGCUUUUGGUUGAAUAUACAUUCUUAAUCCUGCUUUUAUUGAAACUAACUUGUGAGACAAGUAGGUGAGAGCUAAUGUAGCUGUGGUUGCAAACCGGACCUGAGGUGGAGUGUACACAGUGAUAGAAACACAACUCAUUGGAGCACUGCAAAGUCACUUGCAUUAUGUUUCUGGAGUGACAAGCUUUUCAAAAAAGUAUUUAAUUUAAUUCUACAUUGUUUUUUGCCAUGUAACCUAACUGCUGCUUUGUCAGCAUUUGUUUAAACUAUACUGUUAGAAUUUAACUUAAUAUAUACACCGCAAUCCUUAAAUAUAUUUUUGUUGUUGAAAGUCUUUUUUUUCUCAUGCGCGUGUGUGUGAGACCUCUAGUAUCUCUGAAGUCGCUCUUGUUCUGAAUACUGAGUACACAGUUACAUUCCUGUUAUAUAUAUAUAUAUAUAUAGGUUCGACCUGAACUUUAACGGCGGCAGUUCAUGAAGAUGUUUCAAUUUUUAUUUAAGUUUUUAAUACGACAUGCACAUUUGCUUGCAACCAUUUUGCUGCCAAAGAUUGGUGUUGGAUUUAGUUACAACUUUUCAGCCUUUUCGUCGGGUGUGUAAAAGUGAAGAUGAUCAGCUGUGAUGUGUUUCAGCUACUUCCCCUUCUUUUGUUGUUUUCAUGUCCAUCUGUUGUGUUAACAAAUGACACUGUGUUUAAAAGUCACUGUUUAAAAGUCACUUGAUUAAAAAAGGAAGUUGCCCACAA